CCUUUCCCCCGUCCCUCUGCUUGUGGGGUAAGUGUGCCAGUCCUGCCCUGCAGUGGAUGGCAGGGUGCCCUCGUCUCUCUUUGUCCUCUUCCUCCAAGAGAAGGAGUGAACCAGAGAAAGGGAGGGCUCUGCCUGCACCAACUGGAGGACGAGGUCAGAUGGCUGCAGGCUCACUCUGCAUUUUCUCCAUUUCAGCAGUGAAGACAGUCCUUCCGUCUCUCCCGAGGGCCCUGCACCACCUCCGGAUGGAGACGUCUCUACUCCACCUGCUGAUGGAGGAGGGGGUGAUGGAGUAGGAUAUCCGGUGCGAGAGUCUCCAGAGCCGGUGGUGGAGGUGGAACUCAAGGAGAGAGAGAAUGAGAAAGAAGGAACGAAACCUCCGGCUGAGUCCACCGAGCAGCAUCAGCAGCAGGAGAAGCAAGAGGAGGAAGGGAAGAAAGAAACAGAGGAAGAGGAGGCUGGAGGAGGGAGGGGAGGUGCAGGAGGAGGCAGGAGGCCUAGUCUGCACCACACCGCGUCCUCUCCUAUGAGGGUGCAAAGGAACGGGGCCUGCAGCCAUGCCAGCGCUUCUGACUACGAGCUCUCGCUUGACCUCAAAAACAAGCAGAUCGAAAUGUUAGAGCACAAAUAUGGGGGCCACCUCAUCUCACGCCGUGCUGCCUGCAAAAUCCAGACGGCCUUCCGCCAGUACCAGCUCAGCAAAAACUUUGAGAAAAUCCGCAACUCCCUGCUGGAGAGCCGGCUUCCUCGCAGAAUCUCCCUGCGCAAGGUGCGUGUUCAGAAUGCCGAGGGAUUCUCAGCUGAGAGGGCGCUGGCUGAAGGCUGCUCUGUUGCAGGCAUCCCCCUGGUCCGAUCCCCAUCACUGCCUGUUACCGUGGGUGGCACUCUCACAGACCUGGAAGACUCCUUUACAGAACAGGUACAGUCACUAGCCAAGUCCAUUGAUGAUGCCCUUAGCAACUGGAGCAUGAAGACCAUGUGCUCUUUGCAGGAGGGAGGCACCUAUCAGUUUAGUUCUGAAGCCUUUGGCACUGCAGGGGGCAAACCUACAGUGGCUGUAACUGUUGGGGAGAGUGGUACCCUGGAUCAGGCCACCCUCCAGAGUGGUACAGUGUUGGGAGACAAUGCAGAUAACAUUCCCCGUAGUGCCAGCAAGCUAAUGAUGGCCUUCCGGGAUGUGACAGUACAGAUCGACAGUCAAAACUUUCACAUGUCCUCCUCCGUCAUGGAGUCAGUGUCCCUUGGGAACUGUGUCCAGCAGGGGGCCACAGUGACUGAGAGCCCCAAGCAGCCCCCAAUAGAAGAAACAAAACACACAAAUCACCCUCCACCUCCCCAGGAACCAAUUCCCCCACCUCCAGAGUCAGAUCUUGGAGAAAUACCAGAUGGUGAUUUCCCAGCACCACCACCCUGCGAAGAGGAACUCAUAGAGGAUCUACCACCUCUUGUCCUGGAGAAGACGGAGGCUCCAGUGCCAGAGGUUGCAUCCCAAGUGGAGACAACAGAAGAGGCCAUACCAGCAGUGGGACAGAUUCCAGUGGCCCCUACUGUGGAGGAUCUGGAGGCCAAGCGACAACUUUCAGACCCAGCUGACAAUAGCUCAGAACAGAUGAGCAGCAGCAGUACAUCAACAUCUGCCCGCUCAGCAUCUGAGGCCUCAUCCAAGGAAGCGCUGCAGACUAUGAUGCUCAGCCUGCCACGCUACCACUGUGAGAACCCAACUAGCUGCAAAUCCCCCACCCUCUCCACAGAUGUCAUGCGCAAACGCCUAUACCGUAUUGGUCUCAACCUUUUCAAUGUAAAUCCAGAUAAAGGCCUCCAGUUUCUCAUCUCACGAGGUUUCAUUCCUGACACACCCAUAGGCGUGGCACACUUCCUGCUGCAGAGGAAGGGCCUGAGCCGCCAGAUGAUUGGCGAGUUCCUCGGAAACAGCAAGAAGCCUUUCAACAGAGAUGUCCUGGAUUGUGUGGUAGAUGAAAUGGAUUUCUCUGGGAUGGAGCUGGACGAGGCUCUGAGAAAGUUCCAGGCUCACAUCCGUGUUCAGGGAGAGGCCCAGAAAGUGGAGCGGCUCAUCGAAGCAUUCAGCCAGCGCUACUGCAUGUGCAAUCCAGAUGUGGUGCAGCAGUUCCACAACCCAGACACCAUCUUCAUCCUAGCCUUCGCCAUCAUCCUCCUCAACACAGACAUGUACAGCCCCAACAUCAAACCCGACCGCAAGAUGAUGUUGGAAGACUUCAUUCGCAAUUUGAGGGGGGUGGACGAUGGAGCAGACAUCCCUCGGGACAUGGUGGUGGGCAUUUACGAGCGUAUUCAGCAGAGAGAGCUCCGAUCCAAUGAAGACCACGUGACAUACGUCACCAAGGUGGAGCAGAGUAUUGUAGGAAUGAAGACGGUCCUCUCAGUCCCUCACAGAAGACUGGUGUGCUGUAGUCGUCUUUUUGAAGUGACUGACAUUAACAAAGCCCAGAAACAAGCUUCUCACCAGAGGGAAGUUUUCCUCUUCAACGACCUCAUUGUGAUUUUGAAGCUGUGUCCAAAGAAGAAGAGCUCGGCUGCCUACACGUUCUGCAAAGCCAUGGGCCUCCUGGGGAUGCAGUUCCACCUGUUUGAGAAUGAAUACUAUCCCCAUGCGAUAACCAUCUUAUCUCCGGUCUCUGGCUCAGAUAAGAAGCAGGUCUUGAAUUUCUGCGCUCAGAGCUCAGAAGAAUUGCUCAAGUUUGUGGAAGACCUGAAGGAGUCCAUCGCUGAGGUGACUGAAAUGGAGCAGAUACGCAUUGAAUGGGAGUUGGAGAAGCAGCAGGGAGCCAAGGCUCUCUCUUCUAAGAACAAUGGCACCCAGCUGGAGCUCCGUGGGAGACAGAGCUCUCCGUCGGGCAAAAAUGAAGUGGAGACAGCGCAGAGUGGACACAGUGCGGUAGAGGCUUCAGACGUACCAGCUCAGUGCAGUGCCAUCCCCAGAGAGCGCCGCCCUUCUUAACCAGCGGGGGGAGCUGUGCCAGGUGCCAUGUACCAGCCCUGUGCCCUCGUUCCCCCACCAGCGGCCCGACACGCUCAUCCAGUGCCAGCAGAUUGUCAAGGUCAUCGUGCUGGACAAAGGCGGUUACGGGGGUGUCGAGGCCCUCCUCGGUCAGAGCCCCACCCACCAGCUUAUAUCUUCACCACAGCGGGAAAAGGAUGGGUCUCAGCCUCCGCUACCUCCACCUCCUCCACCCUACAACCACCCUCAUCAGUACAUCCCCCCUGAUCCCCGCUUAACCCUGCAUAGGACCCUGAGUGGCUCUCGAAGUAUAGUAUAGAGCUAAAAAAUACCUUGGAAAAAAUAUAUAGAUAACCUUCAUGUGCUUACCAUUUGUGUAUAUAUGUAAACAUACAGAGAAAUAUAAUGGAAAGAAUAAUAAUAAAAAAAAAACAUAUAUAAAUACAUAUAUUUAAGGUAAAUGAAUAAAAAAAUGAAAUGAAAGAAGUAUGUACUUUAUUAACUUUGCAGAUAUGUGAAAUAACAAUGAGGUGAAAAGAAAAUUUACUUGAUUCAAGAAAAUUUUGAAAAACAAAAUGUAGUUUUAAAAUAUUGCUUUGCCACUUUGGACUCUGACAGGUUGUACCAGUCAUUAUUUGGAAGAAUUUCUCUGGUAUUUUUAGAGUUAAAUGAGAAAAGGAAUUAAGAUAAAUAUACUCAAAAAACAGCCUAAUUCUACAAUGACAGCCUGUCUCUGAGCUAGAUCUCAUUUAUUUUAGUCUUUUAUUACCUUACUGUAAAACCUGUUGUGUGUAUGUGCGAGCACUAAACUGAUGGGUGAUAUGUGUGCCAAAAUAAGAAAAAUAAUAAUAACUGAAAAAAGUUUAACUGCAAUUUAUUUUUCUCAAACUCUGUAUGUGGUCCACAUUGUGCUCUUUUAAAAUGGGGACUUACACCAAACCUGGUUAUUGCUCAAUAUUUCAGAAAAUACCCUUAAUUCCCCUGCUUUUAGCCAAUCACAAACAGUUGUCUGGAACUCUUUGCAUCUGCUAUUGCUCUCUUGCUCAGGAACUCUAGAAAGUAUAUGAACAUGUAGCAUCUCAGAAAGUAGAUGGCACUAACAAAGAGGACUUUUUAUCCCAGCUUCCCUUUUUGCACACAUGGAUAUUGGCUUGGCAUUCUGUGAUCCAAUUGGAAAAACAGUGUAAUGACUUUGACUGUUUCUGUGACACCAAUUUCUUCUCUAUCAUCAGCACUUACUGGAUAUAUUAAACUCUUACAUCUAAUGGACCUGAAGUUCACUUAGCGACACUGUUUGUUUUCCUCAGUAUAACUGCUCACCUUUUGAUGUAAGCAAGACUUAAAACAAGAUGUGCAUUUUGGGGACAAAACACUUGAAUUUUAAUGUUUGUUUAGUCGCAUUUGGUCUCAGAUGGAUGUGGAAUUGGGGGUGAAAAAAAAGAAAAGUUUUGUUUUGUACUAUAUGUAAAUAUCAUAUUCUGAGUCUGAAUGGGGUGUUGAAACUAUUUGGGUCUGGUAAAUGUUAACAGUCUUUGAUCUGUCCUCAUCUCAGACAGGUCAUUGUCUGCCUAGUCUGGAAGAUUAUUAAUCAUAAGCACCAUGUCUUGAAUAGGUGUUCGUUUUAGCUCCCCUGUCCUCUUAUCAGGCCGAGAGGUUGGCUUAUAAUUACACUGCUGCUGUUCAGAGCUCCCUAUCUGAUCCAGUCUCCUAUGUUCCAUUCCACACACAUUUCCAUGCAAAUCUCUUUGGAGCUUGUCUACAGUCUAAGUUGAUUUACUGGACCUGACUUGUUGAUUGGAUAGCAUCAGUCUGCCUAUUCCCAUCUCCCCUACCUACCAACAGUGCUCCCUGCCUCUCCAAAAAAAUAAAUAAGCUACCUAAUGGACCUCUGUCCUUCAUCAAGGAGAACUCCAUCCUCCCUUACUCCACCUAGUUUAAAGUUGAGGUUGAGGUCAUUGCUUCAGAGAUCUGAAAUUCUUCUAAAAUGGGAACUUUAA